CGUUAAAAACAGAUUCAUAUUCUUUCUAAAUCACACAGGAAUUUGUGUCAAUCAGAUUUGGAUACACUCUCGCAUCUCUGCACAGUGAGCUGACGCUCUACAUCAUUUCAUCUGAUUCUUUGAGGACAGCAAGGUUUUGAAGGACUGAAGUUGCACUGUGAAUGAGUGAGUAACCAGAGGCAGCGGUGGAUGGGAGAGUUCGCGUUUCCUCCUCUUUGAGUAGCGGAAUGAUGUCAUCUUUCUGAGACUCCAUCGAGGUUGCCUCAGCACCCUGACUUGAAUGGCUGUGUGCAGAGGGGGUGUCUCUCUUUGGGUGGGGUGUGUCAGGAACCAUGGUGGCAGGCAACCAAUGAAGAAACAGUGCUGGAAUUUAUGUCAGACAACCGAGUUUCACUUGAAUGACAACUGCAGGAGCCUGAGCAGUGCAUCAUGGGCCUUGGCUCCUCCAAACAGUCUACGUUACCGUUCUAUUAAACAGCCAUCCCUGUCCCAUCCCUUCCACCACGCAUGCCAGCCAAACCAAGCGGCCAACCUAGAGGAGGAGGAAUGGGAAGAGGCUGUCAGCUUGCGCGUUCUGCUCAAACCCUGUGAGACCGAUGAGCAGCACACUUUGGUGGAAGUGCCCUUUUUUGGGCCGGCCAAACUAAGCGAGCUCCUUGCCUUGGGACCCAACAGACCCUUUGACUUACUUUUUCCUUUAACCACUGUCGAUGGGAGCAGAGAGGAUGAUAUUAGCAUUACCCGAAAGGUAGGGACAGACACGGAGAGAGGUUCCUUCAGGAGUCUGUUUGAGACCGAGGGAUGCCCUGCGCCAUUUAUGUUGGGAUCUCGCUUCUUUUGCUUUCACUGCCCCGGGAUGAAGUCUGUCUCUGAGAUUGGGGACAAAUCAGGAAAGGGACAGGACGAGCAGAGCUUCUUUCCAGCCCUCCGUGUCACACAUUGCAGCCAUGCUGAGACUGAGAGAGUGGACAACAGCUCUAGCCAGGGAGACAUGGAGAAUGAGGAGAAACUGGCCCUGAUGUAUGAAAAGCUGAGGGUGGAGCUGCCCAGUUUCUUUGUGAAAAAUCAUGACUACAGCAUGUACUCUGAAGAUGUUGAGUUCAUCAAUGGUCUUCUGAACACAAAGACAAGGGGUCGUAUGGCGUACCAGCUGACUCUGACGGUUUGGCGGUUGAUGUGUCUGUGUUACUAUGCGGAGGCUCAGCUGGAAGUCCUGAAGCUGACCAAGCAUCCAGAAGAUGGCUCAAUCAAAGCUCGCUGGAGAAUCAAAGGCCUGCCCUUCCACUCCAUUCUGGUGUUCUUCUACAAGAAAGACAAGAACCAUCUCUACAGAACAUAUGAUGCAUUCUCCACCUUUUAUGUUGGCUCUGAUGGACGAAUACACCGCCAUAAAGUUGAAAAGGUUAUGGAGGCUCGUCCCCCCUUGCUUCCCAAAGUGACCUCAGUGCUGGCCGGGGCUCUGGUGGCCCUAGGCAUUCAGGAACACCGGCCCGCCCUUAACCUGCUCCCACUCCUGCUGUCUUCCCUCCGACAGGCCCGGGCAUGAGGUGCAGAGCCAGACGUGUGGAUGUGUAUGCUCAGAAGAACUUAUGUUUGGUCACACCAUUAAAAAGACUGAAAAAGAU